AUGGUAACAAAAGAAGCAGCUAUGUCUUUCUCGCAAUUUGGAUACCCUUACAAUGCAACUUCACAGUUUUUCGUGUCGGCAAACCCCAGUACGACUUGCUGCGAUUCGAUUUCCAGGUCGGUCUCUGAUGGGACAGGCGGACCCCAGACCGCCGCUGCCUCCUUCUGCUGCCCGUCCUACGAGAACCGGCUCCUGGCGAGCAGCCGGACGGAGCUGAACGCAGCGCUGGGGAUGUACAGCUCUCCCUACGCCGCAGCGGCUGCCGCCAGCCAGAACUACGCCAACUACUUCCCCUACAGCACCGACCCAUCGGCUAUCUACUCCACCCUGAAUCCACAGUAUGACAUUAAGGACAGCACAGGCACUUUACACUCUGGCAUUGCUCAAACCGCUGCAUACUAUCCCUACGACCAUUCACUGGGACAGUAUCAAUACGACAGAUACGGGACAGUAGACUUUAACGGCUCAGCCAGAAGAAAGAACGCAACUCGUGAAACCACCAGUACCCUGAAAACAUGGUUGUAUGAGCACCGCAAGAACCCCUACCCCACCAAGGGGGAGAAGAUCAUGCUGGCCAUCAUCACCAAGAUGACCCUCACCCAGGUGUCCACCUGGUUCGCCAACGCCAGGAGGAGGCUAAAGAAGGAGAACAAGAUGACCUGGUCACCAAAGAAUAAGGCCAACGACGACAGGAAGGAUGACUUUAACAAGAGCGACCAAGACUGUGUCACCAAAGAUUCUAGCGAUUGCAAGGAUGAGAAGGAUCUGCAUCUAAGUGAUCUGGAGGACAUGGACGACGACGACUGUGACAAGUUGGACAGUGACUGUGAAAAGGCGGCUGCAGAUGAGCAGGACCUCCACAGGGUCAUGGCAGUUUCUGGGACCCCUCAAAAGAGAGACUGUGGCUCCGAGCUGCACCUGAGUCUGACCAACAGCUUCCACACAUUCCCCUGCGCCAUCAAAAGUGUUACUACACUUCCUCCUCUCCCGUCUGACUUCCUGGACCCCGCGGUGUCCAAGGCAUUGCCUUCGACCGGAACUGUGUCCCUGUCUCACUUCGAAGCAUCAGAUAAGCCUCGGAUUUGGUCUCUGGCUCGUACGGCGGCUUCGGGGGUCAUACUGGGCCCUCAGCAGCAUGGCUCGGAGCUGAGGACAGGCAACUCCACCGGGGACUGCCAGCUCCAGAGCGCCAGGCUUACGGGACAGUGCGGGGGCAUGAGAGGCCUCCAUGAAUCUAGCGGUGUCACCAACACAGAGAGCCCAUUCCCAGAGGGCUUAUCCUUGCACUCAAAAGUCUAUGGCACUGGCAGCUACGGUCACAAGGACCUCCAACUGCACUGUUCAUCCUAUGCUGCCCUCCCAGACACAUGUCAGUACUCCACUAUUGAAGGAUUCUCUGGCGGCAAAGAGACACAGUCAUCUGACCUCAGUGAAGCCUGCGGGACCGUGCAGGAUGACAAGGUCACUGCGUUCAGACCAGUGAUGAAGAGGUGA